AUGGAUGUAGACGUCAACAUUGAUUCAAGAAUAUCCUCCGGAAAUAGUAGAAAGAAUGAAUCACGUGAUAAAAAUUUGAAAAAUAUCGAUUCUAUUUUUCAAAUUAGCGAAAGGUCUAAGAAAAAAUAUGACAAGUUGGAGGAUAAAGAUCUUGUGUACAAGGCGCGUAGUGGAAGAUCUACAUAUGAUUUGAAGGAAGAUUCUUUCCCGUUGAAUAUUCUCGACGAAUAUCGAGGAGGAAUUAGUAUUAAAUACGGAGUACACGAAAAUCUCGCAAAUAUUACGAAAAGGUCAGCUGAAAAUCACACUAGUGCGAAUGGAAUUAGAGAGGUCAUGAAAGAGAUUGCUCUUACCGACACUCUUAAUUAUUCGGUCACAGUUUGUAAGUAUGAAAGAAAUCCAAGCGCAUUCGCCUUAGAUCAAUAUGAAGCUUGGUACAACAUUAAUGCGUGGGGACCAAUAAUUGAUAGGGCAUAUGGG